GCUGUUUCCUGUCUACAGUGUCUGUGUAAUGUAGAUAAAUGUGAGGAUUUUCUCUAAAUCCCUCUUCUGUUUGCUAAAUCUCACUGUCACUGCUAAAAUCAGAGCAGAUAGAGCCUGCGCAAUGGAAUAAAGUCCUCAAUAUUGAAAUGUGACAUUGCUCUCAACAUCUCACAUCUCUCUGGAUUUCUUUUUUCUCAUCAUUACUGCUAACAAAUUCAUUUCCAGACUUUGCACUUUUAAGAAGCAAUGGAAAAAAUCAACAGUCUUUCAACACAAUUAGUUAAGUGCUGCUUUUGUGAUUUCUUGAAGGUGAAGAUGCACACUGUGUCCUACAUUCAUUUCUUCUACCUUGGCCUGUGUUUGCUUACCUUAACCAGUUCUGCUGCUGCUGGCCCAGAAACACUCUGUGGUGCUGAGCUGGUUGAUGCUCUUCAGUUUGUGUGUGGAGACAGAGGCUUUUACUUCAGUAAGCCCACAGGGUAUGGAUCCAGCAGUAGACGCUUACACCACAAGGGAAUAGUGGAUGAAUGCUGCUUCCAGAGUUGUGACCUGAGGAGGCUGGAGAUGUAUUGUGCUCCAAUAAAGCCACCUAAAUCUGCACGCUCUGUACGUGCUCAGCGCCACACUGACAUGCCAAAAGCACAAAAG